GCGGAAAAGAAACAAAAUAAAAGAAAAUGAACCCACCAUGAAGCGCGGGAGAACGGAAGAGAUACAAUUUGGGCAACCGCGGGUACAGCCACCGACGGGUCAGCAGCGCAUAAUUACGACUACGCAACCACACAAUGUGGCCAGCAAUACUGGCACGACAAUACAGUAUCAGAUCCCGCCAAACGUCAUUAAGACGUCCACACCGCCAGAUUCCGUCAGUUCAGUGACGAACCUGAGCAAUCAGCAGCAGCAGGCGACUCAGCUUGUGUCGCCACAACAAACUACUAGUGUCCAGUACACAACCUCUUAUAAUACGGCGCUUGGAAGCAACUUGGUGAAAGCCCAGCAGCAGACAACGAAUCCACAGCAGCAGCAAAUUCACGUAGUAAACGCGACCAGCCAAGUUCGCGGUCCAAGCCACAAAAACGCAGUUGUCAAUGCCACUACAGUCGCGGCGGCCACUCCAAACAGCAACAGCAACAGUUCGGUCGUAAGCAGCGGAGGUAGCAGUGUAACUGCAGCCGCCGGAAUCCAGCAGGUCAUCACUACCAGCAUGUCGCCGGGCGUACUACCGGGAGGUGGUGGUGGUGCAGCGCAAGGCCCACCACCUCCGCCGCCCCAGGGCCAAGCACAGUUGCAGCGGUUAAAGGUCGAGGAUGCGCUAAGCUAUCUCGAUCAGGUGAAGUACCGGUUCGGAAACCAGCCGCAGGUGUACAACGAUUUCCUCGACAUCAUGAAAGAGUUCAAAUCGCAAAGCAUCGAUACACCGGGCGUUAUUCAGCGCGUGUCAAACUUGUUCCGCGGACAUCCGGAGUUGAUCGUCGGCUUCAACACGUUCCUGCCGCCCGGGUACAAGAUUGAGGUGCAGGCGAACGAUCAGGGCUGCUAUCUGUUUCAGGUGUCGGUAUCCGUGCAGCCGACGGCAUCGUCGGGCGGUGCUUCCGUCGCACCGCAACCCUCACCGCAUAAGUACAACACAAUCUUCCAAGGCGGCGGUCAAAUAGUGCAAUCGACAGGAACAGGAACUGGAGGAUCGAACGUGGUCACCGCUAGCUCGGGGGGCAACGCUGCUGUUGCUGCUGCUGCUGGCGGUACACCCGGAGCCGUCAAUCUCAUGGCGUAUGGCGGUGGGCAUGCGGCGACAGCUGCACCAGGUGGUGCCAGCGUACCCGUGCUCGGUGGAACAUCGUUGCAGCAGCCCACCGGUGUUUCGACCGGGGGCAACGCCAGUCCUGCCACGGCACAAAACGCACAGCAAUCGCUUACGACCACGACGACGACGACAGCAGCUGGAGGUCCUCAUGUGGGACAAAACUUUUCCGCACGCAGUGACCAUCACCGGGAACGUACGAUAUCUACCGGUUCGGCCGCAAGCAAUGCCAGUCUUCCUGCGGGCGUCAACUCAUCAUCAUCGUCGUCAUCGUCGUCGGCAGUGGAUGUCUCAUCUGGUGCGGGCGGUGGUCAGACGACACAAGCACCACCCCCACCACCACCACCAACAUCCAGCAUCCAUCGAAUAUUAACACAGCAAAUCAUAUCCCAGCAGCAAACGACAGGCUCAGCAAUUGGAGGAAGCAACCUGGUUCCGACGGCUGGUGGUGGUAUGGUAUCAGCGCCGACACAGGUACAACACCAUCAACAAACGACCCUGCAGCAGGUUCAGCCACCACCGGAAGCGCAGACGGCCUCUGUCACGACAACAGUGGUGCCGCCGCCGACGGCUGCCACCGCGAAUCAGCCGGUCGAGUUCAAUCAUGCCAUUACGUACGUAAACAAGAUCAAAAACCGAUUCCACUCGCAGCCAGAAAAGUAUAAACGAUUCCUCGAGAUUCUGCACACAUACCAGAAGGAACAGAAAACGUACAAAGAGGGCGCCCAGAGCGGUUGCCUGACGAAUGCGAAGCAGCUUACCGAGGCGGAGGUUUACACGCAGGUGGCGCAGCUGUUCGACAAUCAGGAAGAUUUGUUACGCGAGUUCGGUCAAUUCCUGCCAGACGCAACCAGUCACCAUAAUCAGGCCGCCAUGCAACAACAACAGCAGCAACAGCAACACCACAUGACCUCAACGGGCAAGAGCAACUCACAACACAAUCUCGUGGUAAAUGCUUCGAUGCAUGACCAUCAAGCACCACAUCCACAGCAGCAAUUGGGGGGUGGUGGACCAGGAACUGGUGGCACUACCACAAUAGUUGGUUUGGGGAGCAGUGGUUCCGUUCCGGUAGUGCACGGCAGCGGCGGUGGCAAGAAGCUGGGCGGCAAUUCCGGUAUUGGAGGCGGUGGUCUCGCUAGCUUGAAAGUUUACAACAGUAUGCAACCAACGGGCAUGGCUCGACUGCAACAGGAGCGUGAUUAUUCGCCGAUGGCAACGACCGAUGGCGUUGGUGGAAUGCAUGGUGCAGGUGUUGGGGCUAGUAGUAUACCUACGGGUGGUGGUGGUGGUAUCCCCGUGGUGGGUAAUGCUAUUCGAGCGACCGUCGGCGGAACCUUAAUCGGUACCGGUGGAGGAGGUGGAGCAGUAAUGUUGGAGAAGGAUCGCAAUCAUCAUAUAGGAGGAGUAACAGGCAGUGGAGGAGGAGCACCCGGUAGUGGUGGCGGAGCAGGUGGUCUGAACGCAAAAUACAUUCACGGUGCGGCCAUAUCCGGUAUAAACCCCACUGGUGGACUGGUGGGUGGGAACGUAAUUCCACCCGGCAGUGGCACUAUUAGUAUUGGCGUUGGCCCUAAUGCUGUCUCCAGCGUAAUGGCAAAUCUAGUGUCGGCCAGCGUAGGUGGAGCUGGUGGAGGUAGCGGAGGAGGAGGAGCCGGCGGGGUAAACGCAAUCAAACGAUCUCCUUCGUACGCAUCGCAGAUGGGAUUCGUAGGGCCGGGUGGCGUUGGUGGUGGUGGUCCUACCGGACACGGCAAUAACAUGAGCUCUGCGCGAGAUCGUGGCGAUGGUACGGGACCACCGCCUAUUAAGCGACACAAACCAAUCUGCCGCGAUGUAUCAUUGGCCGAAGCUUCCAAGUACGGUACGCUGAACGAUUACGCCUUCUUCGACAAGGUCCGCAAAGCGUUACGCAGUCCGGACGUGUACGAAGACUUCCUGCGCUGCCUGACACUGUACAACCAGGAGAUUGUGUCCAAAUCGGAACUGCAAACGCUGAUCACACCGUUUCUGAGUCGAUUUCCCGAUCUACUGAAAUGGUUCCAGGACUUCCUGGGACCUUCUUCCGGUACCGGUGCUAGUGGUGCGAACGAAUGCAUACCACUGACAGCCGCAGCUGCGGCCGCCGCACGCCAGGAUCGUGACCGAACACAAAGCGAACUAGCGGCGGACGUUGAUCUAUCCACGUGCAAACGGUUCGGGGCGAGUUACUGUGCCUUGCCGAAAUCGCACGAAGGCGUUAAGUGUUCCGGACGCACGAGCCUUUGCCGGGAUGUGCUAAAUGAUACGUGGGUAUCCUUCCCAACCUGGGCGGAAGAUUCCACCUUCGUCACGUCACGCAAAACACAGUACGAAGAGUUCAUCUACCGCUGCGAAGACGAGCGCUUCGAGCUGGACGUGGUGAUCGAAUCGAAUAGUGCGACCAUCCGUGUGCUGGAAGGCGUACAGAAGAAGCUUACCCGAAUGUCACAGGACGAGGUGAGUCGAUUCCGGCUGGACGAUUGUCUCGGUGGUACGUCGGCCACGAUUCAUCAGCGUGCAUUGCGGCGCAUUUAUGGUGACAAAGCGGCAGACAUUAUACAAGGGUUGAAGAAAAACCCAUCGGUUGCGGUGCCGGUCGUAUUGCGGCGUAUGAAAGCCAAGGAAGAGGAAUGGCGAGAAGCACAAAAGAGUUUCAACAAGCAAUGGCGGGAGCAGAACGAAAAGUAUUAUCUUAAAUCGUUGGACCACCAGGGCAUCAACUUCAAGCAAACGGACAUCAAAGCCCUCCGAUCGAAAAGUUUGAUCAAUGAAAUUGAGACACUUUUUGAUGAGGUGAGUUACAUGAAGCGCCAUGAACAGAACGACGAUUCGGCGGCAGUUCCGCAGGCCAGCGGGCCCCAUAUGACAAUACCGUACAAAGACAAGACAAUACUCGAGGAUGCGGCCAAUCUGCUCAUACACCAUGUGAAGCGCCAGACGGGCAUUCAAAAGCAGGAAAAGGCACGGAUAAAGCAUAUACUGCGACAGUUUGUGCCGGAUCUAUUUUUUGCACCAAGGCAGCAGCUCAGUGAAGAUGAGCGAGAAGAAGACGAUAAGGAUACGGAAAUGGAGCAAGACGAGGACAUUAGCAGCAGUGCGGGCAAAUCUUCUGCAACUAAUCUUAAAAAAGCGACCUGCACCUCUACUCCAAACUUUACCGGCAGCAGCAACAGCAGUAUCAGCAAUUUCAAUCCUUCCAGUAGUAGUAAUGUUGGUGGAACGUCAGCAUCCGCUUUCGAUGUGUCAGCAACGGCAGAAUCAGAAGGAGGAUUGUCGAAAGAGAGUGAAAAUAAUAAAACAGCAGGCGAAGCAGUUGGUGUAUCAUCAGCAACGCCAAAAUCCGUUUCCUCCGAAACCGUUCAACUGGCGUCUUCUGGCGUUAUUACGGGAUCGUCAAAUUUAUCCUCUUCCACAACGACAUCCGGUUCGGAAAUCUGCCCCGGAGUUGGUAGUAAUGCCGCUACAAAAUAUGACAACAUUGGUAACGGUGGUAAUGCUGCUACGGCCGCCGGCAACGAAGACAGUACCGGCGAUAAGACAACGACAAUAAAGAUGGAAAUAAAGGAAGAAAACGAAGCAUCUGUGAUGCAGGAUUCUUCUGGUGUAGCAAGCUCUGUCACUGGUGGUACAUCAUCGUCGUCACCACAGCAACCAAUGAGUCCACCACUGCCUCCGCAUGCCGUGAGCAAACAUAUCGAAGAAGCGUACACGCUUUUUUUCACCAACAACAACUGGUACCUGUUCCUCCGAUUGCACGCCAUUCUGUGCGAACGUUUGCGCACCAUUUACGAGCGUGCACAGAUAAUCGCAGCCGAAGAACGUGCGUACGAGAGUACACGCAACAACAGCACCGCCACAGCGCUACGAUUGAAACCGAAGAGCGAAAUCCGCAUCGAGGAGUAUUAUAACAUCUUUCUGGACAUGUUGAAAAAUCUGCUUGAUGGCAAUAUGGAAUCUAGCAGCUACGAGGACACGCUGCGGGAGAUGUUUGGCAUUCAUGCGUACAUCGCUUUUACACUGGAUCGGGUGGUACAAAACGCUGUACGGCAACUUCAACACUGUGUCACGGAACGUGGGGCACUGGAAUGCGUUGAGCUGUUCCAGGCGGAACAGCGGCGAGGCGGAGCGGGUGGUCUUUGUCGCACGGCCAACCGACGUACAGCGACCGAGCUUGCCUACCAGCGAAAAGCUGAAUCGGCACUUCAGGAAGAAAAUUGUUACAAAAUAUACAUUUACAAAAUCGAUUGUCGGUUAACGAUCGAGCUGCUGGACACCGAAUCGGAUGACACUGCUACUAAUUUCGCCAACACGCAAGCCUACGGCUCAUAUGUCAAUCGUCUCUCAAACCCAGCUGCCACCGGUACCGGAAGUGAUAGUGGUGGUGGAGGAGGAGGUGGUGGUGGUGGUGGGAGCAGUGUUGUUGGUGGCGGAACUAGUGGAAGUGGUGUCUGUGGAAGUGUUGGUGGUGCUGGUGCCGUCGGCAAUAAAAGUAGUAGUGGUGGCAGUGGAGGAGAUGCUGCUGGUGGUAGUGGUGGACCGUUGAAUGCAAACAACAGCGGCAGUAAUAGUAAUAGUGUUGUGAAUCACAAUAAUAUCUCUACCGGAUCUGGAUCUUCCAUCAGUAAUAAUGCUGUUGGCGUUGCAGGCAGCAUAACAACCAAUGCCGAAGUGAAAACGGAAACUCCCGACGAUGAGCUGAAAUCACGUUCAUUACCGGGCACCACCACCUGUGCUCGCAUGCCUGUAUUUCUAUCGCGAAAUGCAAAACGGCGAAGAAAGUAUGGCGAAGCGAAUAGAAGAAAAGUGUCAGUAACCGUUGACGGCAAGCCGGUUACCAUGACAGAACUGCAAAGUGGAGAGCUAGAGCGGGAAGAGAUCGCUGGUGAUGGGAAAUCGAAGCAAGCUGCAACGGCAGCUGGACACAAUUCUCACUCCCAUACAAACGCGGACGCUGCCAUGGAAGGAAACGAUGCCGGUGUGAAGCAAGAAAAUGAUGCUAGUGAUCGUGGUGCAGCAUCCGGUAGUAGUCCGGGAAAAACGUCUCUAUACGACGAAGGAGGAGCUGGUAGAGCUGCUACGAUAUCUGCGAAACUAGAAUCGACGAAAGCACUCUCUCAGUCCCCAAAUAUCAGUGCUUCUUCGACCAAAGAUAAUGGCAGCAGUAACAACAACAAUCCGAACAAUAUAAAUAAUAAUAAUAAUAAUAAUAGCAUUAGCGGCGGCAACAAACAGCAUGCUGUAGCGGAGGACAAGAACAAUCCGUCUCCGUCUCUGUGGUUCGGCAUUGGCAAUAGCUUAAAAAAUCAAGAAGCGCCAGCUUCUACCGCACCUUCAUCGGAUCAUCGUCGCCGUCUACCAAGCGUGAACGGGGCUGCGGAACGCAAUCUACCGUACAAGACGCCUCGAAAGAAGAGUUUCAUAAUGUAUCGGCAGGGAUCGCUCAUUCGUUCGCGGAAGAGUCACUGUCGGGUUACUACACGGAUGGAUCAACGAUUCAAGCGGGUCGUCGAUCGAUGGCUGGACCAGCACGUGUCUGGCUCGCAGCGAGCAUCGUGCAGUGACUGGUUGCUUGGGAAGCGACAGGAUCUAAUAAAGACCACUACCACCUCCGUUAUCGUUCAAGACAACGGAUUGAGCCGUACACCUUACGCACCUUACAAUAGAUAUAAGGUGAAACAGAUAGAGCUAGAUUAGGACUAAUAUUGGAGAGAGAGCGAGAGAGAGA